AAUUCCAAAAAUAGCGCGUGUUUGAAGAUGUGUCGCUGAGUAUCUCUUUGGUUUCACUGUUGUAGUGGAUGGCAGAGAUUGACUUUUUAUCUGCUGAACUUGAAAAUGAUGAUGAGUGUAGGGACGAUGAAGUGGAGAGAAUCAAUCUAUCGUCUCCGGAGAAAAAUAAUACCAAGUCUUUAGAUCAAUUGUCAAAGAAUUUGAUAUGUUCUGAUAAGAAAGAAGAGAUAACAACUCAAGAAACUGUCGAGAUUUGCCAGAAGACUGUCAAUCCGAAUAAUCGUGUUAAUGCUGAAAACUUCAAAAUUCAACGUGUCAUUGGCAAAGGAGGCUACGGAAAGGUUUUUCUAGUUCAGAAGGUUGAUGGCAUUGACCAAGGAAAACUCUAUGCCAUGAAGGUAUUAAAGAAGGCCAGACUAGUGUGCAAUGAAAAGGAUAAGGCACACACUGUUUCUGAAAGGAAUAUCCUUGAAAUGUUACAGCACCCUUUCCUGGUGAAACUUCACUAUGCUUUUCAAAAUCACUCCAAUUUGUAUAUUGUGUUAGAAUAUUGCCAUGGAGGGGAACUGUUUAACUAUUUGGAACGUGAAGGAGCGUUGUUAGAAAAUGCUGCGUGUUUUUACGCUUCUGAAAUUGUUCUGGCCAUUGGACAUCUGCAUUCGUUGGGUAUAAUCUAUAGGGAUUUAAAAUCUGAAAAUGUGUUAUUGGACCGCCAGGGUCACGUAAAGCUUACUGACUUUGGGCUUUCAAAAGAGGGUGUGUGCACUACCAAUACAUUCUGUGGAACGAUCGAGUAUAUGGCUCCUGAAAUAAUCCGAUGUGAGGGUCAUGGAAAAGCAGUAGAUUGGUGGAGUCUUGGAACUUUAAUCUACGAUAUGCUAUCUGGCGCUCCACCAUUUAGCCAGGAGGAAAGUCGUGAAGCUACCACACGCAAAAUACUCACAGCUCCUUUAAAAUUUCCACCAUCAUUCUCAUCAGAAGUUAUUAGUCUCAUACGUGGCUUGUUAAAACGUGACCCAAAUGAAAGACUAGGAAGCAAAGAAGAUAUGGAGGAAAUUAAACGACACAAAUUUUUUAAACGACAUGAAAUAAAUUGGUCUGAUGUCUAUAACCGACGUUUGAAACCACCUUUCCGUCCUAAACUAACUGCUGAGAAUGAUGUGUCGAUGUUUGACCCAUCGUUUACCCGUUUACAACCAGUUGUUAGUCCUGUCGAUGGUGGGGCAUCCAUUCCUCCGGAUAUGUUCCAGGGCUUUUCGUAUGUGGCACCGAGUGUCUGUGAGGAUAGUUUACGAGAUAAUUGGACAGAUAACUUACCAAGUCGUAAUCGAAGACAUGGGUUACGUGGCGCUAUGUCUGCUGGACGUUUAAGACGUAUUGGUUUCGGUCAUUUGACUGCACCUAAUCGAAUUCCUGAAGAUAUUGUCGUACAUAAUAUUCCAUUACAGAUUCAACCGGAACUGAAUGAUUUCCAUGAUUUUAGUGCAGACUAUCGGCAAAAGCCUGUGAUACAUCAAUCGUCUAAUCAUGUAUCAACUCAAGGAAUUGCUAACGAUAAACGUACUGCUCAUUUACCUAAUCAUCAUUAUCAACAACAAUGCUAUUCAAACGAUACACAACAACUGCAAAAAAUUUCAGGAAAAUCAAAUCAGAUAAUCACGUCCAAUGGUACUACAAAUAAUAAUAAUGUUAUAAAAAAAGAAAAAGAAGCGGAUGAACAGGAAGACGACGAUGAUGACGAUGAUGAAAUAGCUGCAGAAGAAGAAGACAAUGUUCCAGGAGCAAAACAAAUACAACCAACCAGUGCUUCAAAAUAUUUACCACUUUGUAAAUAUGAAUCUAAAAACAAUGAUAUAGUGACUAAUAUCAACACUAAUAAUAUUUAUUCAACCACAAAAUCAUCUAAUAGAAAUCCUACAAAAUAUGCACCCUUCAGUGGUUCACUUCAAUGUCAUUCAGAUUUGCAUACAAAUACAAAAAUGAUUCAUUCACGUUUAAUGUAUAAUUGUCAAACUGGAUCAUUUCCACAUAAUAAAUCAGGACAUACUACAACAUCACAUCUUCCUUCAAUACAAACUGGAUCACGUAUCACUUCACCUUUACAACGUCGUGGUUUAAAUUGUGCAACAACACUGCAUUCAGAUAUAUCUAAUACUAUUCCUAUUACUCCUACUCCUACUACUACUACUACUGUAGUAACAAGUACAAAUACUUCAACAAAUGCUAAAUGUAGUAUUAUGUAAUAUUGUACAGUAUCUUGCUCAAUUAUAUAAUACUGUGAUUCUUAUGUAAAAAUAACAAUAAAAAAAGGAAAACAGAUUCAUAUUCUUUCAAGACCCUAUCUCAUUCAACUCACCAUUAAUUCAUCAUUUAUUAACAAUUCCACAUUCAAGAUCUUUUUGUCUAGAAUCAUAUCUAGAUUGUUUAUCUUCAUCAUUUAUUGAUUUUUUUUUGUUUUUCUAAUCUGGAAAAUGAAUAGUUGAUAAAUGAUGUUUAGGACAUGUGAAAUGAUAGCAACCAAUGAUUAAAGAUGCAUGAAUGUAAUAUAAAUCAAAAUUAUUUGUAAUGUCUCAGGUGUGUAUCCAGUCUAUAUGUUUACUGAAAUUUUAAUCUUCUGAAUUCUUUAUAUCUCUUUCUUUCCACUGGAUUAUACUUGUUGAAUAACAUCAUCAAACUUUUAAUGUUUUCGAUAACUGCUUAUAGUUUUACUACCUCUAUCACUAUAGGAUUUGAAUUGACAAUUGUAUCGACGUGCUAUUGUGAUAUGGCAACUCAAACGGAUAUUCGUACGUACGUACGUACAAAGUUCUACGUUAUUACUGACUGACUUAUUGACUGAUAAUGUGAUGUGUUUUGAAUGAGUUCUAAUACUGUUUACUUCUUUUCAAAAUAUGAAUACAUCAAAUAAAACAUACAUGUUAUAAGUUCAUAUACAAAUGAUUUUUAUACAUCUUCAUGCCUCC